AUGGACCCUUCCCAAGUCAAGAUCCCUCCCAUGAAGGAUCUCAAUGCCGACAACAUCACAGAAAAUGUCCACACAAUCAAUUCCCUCUGCAAAGACGACCGCAUGAAGUACGUCCUCGAGCGACUAGUCACACACCUGCACGACUUCGCCCGCGAAACCAGACUCAGCAGCGAAGAGUGGAUGGCAGGUAUCAUCUUCUUAACAGAAGUAGGCAAGAUCUGCUCAGACGUACGACAAGAGUUCAUUCUCCUCUCCGACAUCCUGGGCCUCUCCCUCCUAGUCGACUCAAUUGACCACCCCAAGCCUCCAGGCUCAACUGAAGGCACCGUCCUCGGGCCAUUCCACACCCACGAAGCUGUGGAGAUGGAAGCUGGCGCGAAAAUGUCCUCUGACCCCGGUGGCGAACAGCUGCUGGUUGUCUGCACGCUGAAGGACACCGAGGGGCGUCCUAUCGAGAAUGUUAAGGUCGAUAUUUGGGAGACGGACUCUACUGGACACUAUGAUGUGCAGUACCCUGAACACGAUGGUCCCGAUGGACGGUGCAUUAUGCGCUCGGAUAAGGACGGUCUUCUCUGGUUCAAGGCUAUUACGCCUGUGCCGUAUCCAAUUCCGCACGAUGGUCCAGUCGGCAAGUUGUUGAAGAAAUUGCACCGUCACCCGUACCGUCCUUCGCAUAUGCACUUUAUGUUCGAGAAAGAGGGAUACGACCAUCUGAUCACUGCUCUCUACCUCCGCAAUGACCCAUACGAAACUUCUGAUGCCGUCUUCGGCGUCAAGAACUCCUUGGUCGUUGAUAUCGGCAAGGCUGGCCCUGAGAUCGCCAAGAAGUACAACGUUCCCGAGGGCCACCCUCUCCUCACCUAUGAUUUUGUCCUGGUGUCAGACACCGAGACCUUCGAUCUGCGCGUAAAGAACUCCAAAUCCGCUCUCGACAAGCUCGGUCGUAAGGUUAAAAUUGUGAAUGGUCUGCCUGUGCCAGACUUGGAUUGA